AUGCCGGAUUGGCUGCAAUCAAGGGGAAGCUUGCUGCCACCAGGCGACGCUCGCGCCCCAUCGAAGACGCACCCGCUAAACUCCCAAACGUUUCAAAGUUUGCAAACUUUAGGUAGCCAGUGUCAUCGAGUCACCAAGGUUCGUUCACUCCAGCCGCGGGGCAAACGACCCCUGGGGACCUACGGGGCUCGCCCGGCCCUGCCUACAGUGGGGUUCAGCCGGGGGUGGAUUUGCAUAGAGGAAACUGCCCCCAAAGUGGCCGCAGUUGCCUGGAGCGGCGGCGGCGGCGAAGAGGGGUGCGCUGCUCUUGCCACGGCCCCGGACGUCCAGUUCCCGCGCGACCCCCCUAGACCCGCAGCAGCCCGGGAGCGCGCCAUGAGCCCCGGCCCGCGCGCGCGCGGCGAUGCGCUGCAGGGCGCCCCGGGUGGCUGCGGCGUCGCGGGUCACCCCGCGGCCUGGGGGCUCGGCGCGCUCUGCCUGCUGCUGUCUGCGGCCGCGGCGGCCGCUUGUCUGCGCCUGAGCGUCGAGGCGGCCGCGCUGCAGCGCCGGGUGGCCGCGUUGGAGCUGGAGCUGGGGCAGUUCCCGCCGCGCCGCGCCUGGGCGGCCCCGGAGCCCCACCUGGAGCGCCCCGCGCGCGAGAAGCUGGAUGGACUGGUCAAACUCCGGAAGGUUCGAGAAGCCCCAACUGAGUGCACCUGUGCCCCAGGCCCCCCUGGACGGCGCGGCAAGCCCGGAAGAAGAGGUGACCCUGGCCCGCCAGGCCCAUCAGGACGUGACGGCUACCCGGGACCGCUGGGUCUGGACGGCAAACCUGGACUGCCAGGACCCAAAGGGGAAAAGGGUGCACCAGGACACUCAGGUCCCCGGGGAGAUCAGGGGCAAGAAGGAGCUGCUGGGCCUCCAGGGCCCCCAGGGCUUCCUGGGGUGCGGGGCCCUCCAGGAGACACUGGGAAGGAUGGACCCCGGGGGGCACCAGGCCCCAUGCCCUGGACCCCUGAUCCCACCAUCUCCCCUGCCUCUCCCACCCUCACGCCGGGGAUCCCUUAUGCUGUGGUCCAGAGGGACCACCCAGGGCUCAAGGGUGAGCCUGGUGUCCCAGGAAAGAAGGGAGACGAUGGGUCCCCAAGCCAGCCUGGGCCUCCUGGCCCCCCCUGGGUCCCAAGGGAGAACCUGGCCAGCAAGGAAACAGAUGGAGCCACGGGACUAUCGGCCCUGGAGCAAAGGGUGUGGGAUGGUGAAGAUUCUCCCGGGGACAAGAUCAUGGCUACGGAGUGUUCCAGGAGGGGGUGUUCUAACAGCAGGAUGGGAACCUCCCCGGGCCGCGAGGGACCCCCUGGGCCUCCAGGGACACCCCGGAGCCCAGGUGAGCUCGGGCUGCCUGGAGCUCCUGGAGUUGAUGGGGAGAAGGGCCCCAGAGGACCGAAAGGAGAUCCCGGGGAAGCAGGUCCGGCUGGACCCAAAGGAGAUACAGGGGAAAUGGGGCUCUCAGGCCUCCCGGGUGCAGAUGGCCCCAAGGGAGAGAAGGGAGAAUCAGCUGUGUCUGCAGAGAGUCUGGCCCAGAUCAUCAUGGAGCCUGGGCCUCGGCCCCCAGGUCCCCCAGGUCCUGUGGGCCUACAGGGAAUCCCAGGUCCCAAGGGCCUGGAUGGAGCCAAAGGAGAAAAGGGUGCUUUGGGGGACAGAGGACCCAGUGGGCCUCCUGGACCAGCAGGUCCACCAGGCCUAAUCGGGCUGCCAGGAACCAAAGGAGAGAAGGGUAGACCUGGGGAGCCAGGACUGGACGGUUUCCCUGGACCCCGUGGGGAGAAGGGAGACCGGAGCGAGCGAGGAGAGAAGGGGGAGAGAGGUGUUCCCGGGAGGAAGGGGGUGAAAGGUCAGAAGGGGGAGCCAGGGCCACCUGGCCUGGAUCAGCCAUGUCCUGUGGGCCCCGACGGGCUGCCCGUGCCCGGAUGCUGGCACAAGUGACCACUUCCAGCACCCCACUGAGUGGACCUUGGAGCCAAUGGGUGCUGGAAGGAAUGAAACAGUAAUAUAUUGAUUGACGUGUUCCCAAUGGCUGAGCUGAGAACUAGACCCCAGCUAUCUAGCUGGAUGCAGCUGCAGACACAGCCUGCCCUGCAAGACCUUACUGCUCCUGGAGUUCUGUUCGCCCCAACCCCAUCCAGCAGGACUCAGCCAGAGAAAGCUGCCCACCCUGGACAAGACACCCCCAGUAUCUACCACUGAUACUUGGAAGUGCAGGAUGCGACUCACAAAGGGUCUGUGGCAAGACUCU